GUGAAAUCUUGGUUUAUUAGCUUCAUUAAGUGGGGCUUUAUGAAGGCAGACAAGAUUUUCCGCCGCCGAUACCUCGUCAUCAUUGUCACAGCAGCCGGCGGUAUUUAUUAUAUUCGGGAAAAUGCUUACCCUCUUACUGCAGUUGAAACGAUGGCAGCCUUAUCUGAGAGGUACCGAGAAAUUGACCCCUUUCUUUACUUUAGCUUGGAAGGAUGCCGCUAUUUUCUAUACUACUACUUUGUCUGCGCUGAAUAUUUCUUCCCUGCCAAGUAUGAGUAUAACAUCAUGAAUGACCCAGUGGCCCAAUUCUUUGCUGCUUGGGUUGGAGGUACCAUUGCUGUUACUUAUCUAAUCGGAAAGAUCUUUGACUUAGUCAUGCAGACGGGGGGAGAUGUGCAGAAGAAGAAGGACGAUGGGCAAGAUAACGCAAGGUAAUUGGCUUGGUAUGACGAAUAGGCAUAGGACCUUUGGUGGGAUUGGUCUUUGGCGAUUUUACCGAUGAUGUUUCAACGGAACAUGUUUUUGCUUUUUUUCUUUUGCUUUUAGAGAUGCUGGAUGGGUUUGCGGGUGACGGAUAGAUUAGGUGUUGGUGUUUUGCUUAUGUUGGAGUUUAGUUUACUAUCUAUAGACUGCUUUGAUACCUUUAAAUAUCGCAUUGAAUUAAUUGUCUUUACUACUCUUUCUUCUUCCUUUAGAUAUAUAUCAAUAACGAGCAGAG